AUGAACCAGACACGUCUUCGUGAUGAAUAUGCACGUCGAGAAGGUCGUGCGAUUGUGCUGGACGACCAUGACAAUUUCACGUUGCCUGCUGCAGGGCACCGCAGGAGCCAUCCAGUCGGCUUGAAGAUCACGGUGACGAGGAAGUCGCACGUGGCCAAGAUCAAGGACGAGUUCAGGACUGCUCAGCUUUCGCGUGGGGGUCUCGAGAUCAAGUCUCUGAUUGCCAGGCGUGUGGAGGAGCCAGGCCAGAUCUUCAGUGCGGCCGAGACCGUGGAGCCGCGGAGGAUCACCGGAUCAGUGGGCAGCUUCCAUUCCAAGCGUCGCCGCGAGGAGCGGUGUCUCCGAGCGGUGCCAGGCAAGGGCAGGUUCAGGUUGGUCCCUUGGCAAAUGACCAGACCUCUCCUGCGGCCUUGA